UCGUUCUAGUUUUACUGGCCACGUCGUCCUUGAGAUGCUUGCGUCUCGCAUCUCGCGGUCGCCGCUUCCUUCCCUCGCAGUGUGGGCGCUGUUACUCCCACCACUGGCCUUGGACUGCGUUCGGAGCAAGCGCCUGCACUCUUAUGCUGCUUCAAUGAUCGGAGUCCAUGUGGCGGCACAUGGUCGAUGCGUCGGGCCUUACAUCGUGUUUCUGCACACGUGGAAGGCCUGCCCGUCUGACAAGAUCGUGGAGGCGAACUUUCGACCGGGUCCCUUCAGCCGAAGCCGACCUUAUGACCUGCAGACGCUGUCAGGAAACUUGACGAUUAGGGCACCAUUCACGGAUCACGUUUGGACAGAAACCGAUCUUGCUGUCUGGGCAAACAACCAAUGGAAAGAAAACGCUUUCAAGUUUCCCUUUCCCAAAAACGGGUGCUCAGAAUUGCGCGAGCAGAUGCCUGACUAUUUUCGCGUUAUUGCAAAACACACUGGGGCUUCGACGGACUUGAGGGACCCAUGUGUCUUACCAGUGGGACACAGCGUGUUGAAGGAUGAACCGGUGAACUGGACAUUCCCCAACUUCCCGACCAUGCCGUAUGGGCGCUAUCGGUAUCGAAUGCGAUCGCGCCCGACGCGCAACAGCCCCAUCAUUCGCAUGUGUGUGGCGGUCGACUGCGAGGUCAUCCCAAAGCCAUGA